AUGGCAGAAGAUAUUGAAGAAAUUUUAGCCGAAAUUGAUGGCUCACAAAUUGAAGAAUACCAGAAAUUUUUCGAUAUGUUUGAUCGAGGCAAACAAGGUUAUAUUAUGGCAACACAAAUUGGUCAAAUUAUGCAUGCGAUGGAACAAGAUUUUGAUGAAAAACAACUUCGGAAAUUAAUUCGAAAGUUUGAUGCGGACGGAUCAGGAAAGUUGGAGUUUGAUGAGUUUUGCGCUUUGGUUUACACCGUCGCUAAUACCGUUGACAAGGAAACAUUACAGAGAGAACUGCGUGAAGCCUUCCGACUAUUUGACAAAGAGGGAAAUGGUUAUAUUUCUCGACCCACUCUGAAAGCAUUACUGAAGGAAAUAGCUGAUGAUUUGAGCGACGAACAACUUGAAGCCGCUGUAGAUGAGAUUGAUGAAGAUGGGUCAGGAAAAAUCGAAUUCGAAGGUUUCUAA